AUGGGCACGGGCAAACUUGUUUUCACUACUGUUGUCCGUAAGGAAAAUCUGAAAUUCAUUGCCGUCGGUAAAAGUUGGAAGAGUCGUUGUUUUGUGCCGAGACAGCAAUCUCUCGUGUCUCAUUCAAAAGAGUUGACAGUCGCUUUUGUUGGCCUCUCUGACGCCGAAUCAUUCAAUUGUUAUAAGAAAAGCGAUGGAUUGAAGGAACAAUACAAGGUCAUUUGUGACGUAAACGUAUGCGUAGCGACUAUUGACGGAAACAGGGUGAAAAAAGGUUGUGCAAAUCCUGAUGGGAUCAUUGAUUUAAUCAAGGUGUCUACUGGCGUGCAAAUUCGGUAUCAAGCGUGCGAUCUCGAAAUUAGCGGCCCUGAUUCUCAUUAUGCGAUCUCUGCAACGAGGCUGGCAACGGUGCGGGACUCUUCGGCAUGUCGAUUCCACUUCCCAUUCUCCCAUCGAAUGGCCGCCAAUCGUCUCUUCACACUUCUCUCACUCAUCGUUUUUCUUGGCCUCUCCGACGCUGUACUAUUCAAUUGCUAUAAGAAAAGCAGCGGAUUCCCGGAAGAAUACAAGACCAAUUGCGAGAUGAACAUGUGCGUCACAUAUACAAAAGGAGAUGAGAUGUUCAAACGUUGUGCAUACCCCGAAGAGUCAAUUGAGCUUUAUAAGGCGAGCGACGACAAGACCUACACGUAUAAAGAGUGUGAUCCCGAGAUUAACGCCGCUGGCUUUUAUACAAUGAUCAAAAAUCCGAAAACAAAUCUGGAUGAGCGUCGUGAAACCAAAAUAACUUGCUGCCAGGGCGCAGGACUUUUUGGCAUAUCUGCUCCUAUUUGCUCUCCCGUUUGCCGGAUUUUUCUUCUGAAACACUACGGGCUCUAUCUACUUUACUUUACAAGAAAUGAAUACUUCGAGAAGAAAACGAACAUUCCACGCUACUGCCUCCUGAUGGAUGAGAUAUCCGAUUUCACCGAGGUCUACAAAAAUGAAACAUUUCGUGACGGCUCUUCUCUUUGUUGGCUGUGCAUAUUCAAUCAUUUAGCCAUCGCUCAACGAACCACUCCAGCCGCCUGCCCAACUGGAUGGUACCAAAAUGGAAACAUGUGCUAUACGACAAAAACGAACACCGCAAACACGUGGAGCAUGGCGGAAGCCGAUUGUGCGAAUGAUGGUGGACAUCUUGCCUCAAUUCAUGACAAUGCGACAGGCAAUUAUUUGGUUGAUUUCAUCUGGCAACACGGAAUCGCGUCGGCCGCUUGGAUUGGCCUCCGCACCGAUCCAAAUGGAAAUUUCACCAACUGGAGCGAUGGAUCGAGAAUUGACUACAAGAAUUUUGGCCCUGGCCAAGACCCGCCACCAGUCUGCUACGCGAUCUCGGUCUCCCGCUCCUACUACCCGGGGAAAUGGCUCUCAAUGCCGUGUGACUCUCAUUUCCGUGCGAUCUGCGAGCGUCCACUUGGCGGAUAUACAACACCCAGACCAGCCCCGACUUGCGGAAAUUCGACUUUCUUUGGAAAUGAUGGAAAUAUCUACUCACCCGAUUACCCGAACGACUUCUCGGCCCAAGAAAGCUGCAACUACAAGAUCAGCGUCUUCAACAACUAUGCCAACAUCGAAGUGCCGCCAAUUAUGGCUUUGCUCUCUUGGUCGAUCACUGUUUACAAUGGACUCGACAGGGAUAACACUCAACAAAUCUUCUACGAUAGCUCGAAUGGUAAUCAACCAAGAAAUUACACUGUUGGAUUGUCUGCUUCAUCGCCACAGCUAUUAGUCGUUUUCUACUCGACUCAGGACAACUCCGUUCGGCCAUUCAAGUUGCACUAUACGGGAACGGAUCAACCUGUCUACACCACGGUCACCACUCCAAGGCCA